AUGGCACGGAGAGCGCUAGCCCCAUUUCUAUGCUUGCUCUGUGUUGUCCUUACGGCGACCCUUCUGUGGUUGGGCUUCGUUGCUCACAGCCCGUCUCAAAAGCUGCAUUUGUUUCCUACCAAUGCCCAGGGACAGGCUGAACAACUGGACCAGCACAAUGGCCUCGUCACGGUGCAGGGCGACUACCUGUUGGGAGUCGGAAAGGCCGAUAUCACUGGGCCGGUCGUCGAGAUCAACUUGAUGGGCUACGCUGAUACAGAUCAGGUGGGAAGCGGUGUCCGUCAACGGAUCUAUUGCCGGGCCUUCAUCGUGGGCAGCCUUUCAAGAAACUCCUCCCGGCUUGUCUACCUUGUCCUUGAUACCCAGUCUGGCGACACGGCCAUUCGUCAUGGCAUCCUGCAAAGGCUUGAGAAGCUGGGCCCGGAAUAUGCAAUAUACAACAAGAACAAUGUCGCAGUUACAGGGACCCACAGUCACAGUGGACCUGGGGCAUGGUUGAACUACCUGUUGCCACAAAUCACUAGCCUAGGCUUCCACAGAGACAGCUACGAGGCCAUCGUCAACGGCUCGGUGUUAGCCAUCCAGCGAGCACAUGACAGCCUCACGCCCGGCUAUCUCAGAUUUGGGCAACACCUCGUUGAGGAUGCGAACAUAAAUCGAAGUCCGUAUUCCUAUCUCCAAAAUCCGAAGGACGAGCGAGACAAGUACACCCAUGAUGUGGACAAAAAUUUGACGCUGCUAAAGUUUGAACGAGCGUCUGAUGGCCAAGCGCUGGGUGCACUCUCUUGGUUUCCAGUGCAUGGGACAUCUCUAUAUCAAAACAACACACUUAUUACUGGUGAUAACAAGGGAGUUGCAGCAUAUCUCCUGGAAGAGCACAUGAAAGUCAAGAACCCGUCGUUUGUCGCAGGCUUCUCUCAAGCCAAUGUCGGAGACACUUCCCCCAACACUCUCGGCGCAUUCUGCGAAGACACUGGUCUUCCAUGCGCUUUUAAAGAUAGCACGUGCGGAGGUCGAACGCAGGCUUGCCACGGACGAGGUCCAAUGUUCCGCACAGACGACCAGGGAACUAGAUCCUGCUUCGAGAUUGGCAAACGCCAAAUGGCAGCGGCCAGAAGCCUCUUAGAACACGACAAUUUAGACCGGAUACCUGCGUCAACCGUCUCCUUUUUUCACACCUACGCCAAUCUCUCGUCAUUUACCUUCACCUCAUUCUCCAACAAAUCCCGCACCCUCAAGACCUGUUCUGCCGCGUUGGGUUAUGGCUUUGCAGGUGGUACAACUGAUGGCCCCGGGCGUUUCGAUUUCUCCCAAGGCACAAACGACACCAACGGCUCCCCUGCUCUGAAAAACCCGCUCUGGAAGGUCGCAAGAGGGGCAAUCCAUCCCCCAACAGACGCCCAGAUCGCAUGCCAAAGUCCAAAGCCCAUCCUCCUUGACGUCGGGGAGGCCGAUGAUCCGUACGCAUGGACGCCAAACAUUGUUGACAUUCAACUCCUUCGAAUUGGUGAUCUGAUAAUGAUAAUAUCACCCGGGGAAGCCACAACCAUGUCUGGCCGCCGAUGGAAGUCGGCACUUACUGCUGCGGCUCCAGCCAUCCUCAAUAUCUCGUCUCCGAGACUCGUUCUUGGUGGGCCGGCAAACACGUACGCCCACUACAUCUCUACCGAGGAAGAAUAUGGUGUCCAACGCUAUGAAGAAGCAUCCACACUCUAUGGUCCACAUACCUUGGAAGCGUACAUCAACCUCACCAUCACAUACCUCCCUUACUUGGGUUCUGAAGACGAGACCUCCCAUCUGGACCGUCUCCCAGCCGGUCCGCUCCCGCCUAUCAACGUGAAUCGCUCGUUGUCAUUCAUUCGACCUGUGAUUGUGGACCACGCCGGCCUCCUGCGCAGGUUUGGGGACACGCUUGCCUCCCCUAACCCCGCGAAACCAUUCCGCCCCGGCGACGUUGUCAGCGCAAGGUUCGCAGGCGCAAACCCGCGUAACAACUUCCGCCUCGAAGGCACGUUCGCCGCCGUGGAGAGAUUCGACGAGAGCCGCAAGGAAUGGGUCCAGGUGCGCUCCGACAGGGACUGGUUCCUGGUGUACCGGUGGAAACGCACCUCCACGACACUGGGGACGAGUGAGGUGACUUUGGAAUGGGAGAUUGAGCCGGGCACCGAGUCUGGGAUGUACAGGUUCAAGUACUACGGCGACAGCAAGUCGCUGACCGGUCAGAUUACGGAGUUUGAGGGCACGAGUGGCGUUUUCCAUGUCGUUGGCCACGACGUCGAUGAUGUUUUGAGCGACGCUCGCUUGGACGAGCUUGUCCGCACUUGA